AUGUCCGUGGACGUCUCGUCGCUCCUGCACUUCAAGGACACCCUGUCGUCGUCGGCGGCGUCGUCGCCCAGCAUGAGCAGCAUCCGCCUCUGCACGUACCCACACUGCGACAAGAAGGUGCGCUCGAAAGGUCUCUGCAAGGCGCACGGCGGCGGUCUCCGCUGCUCGGUCGCAGGCUGCAUGCGCUCGAGCCAAGGCAAAGGCUACUGCAUUCGCCACGGCGGCGGCAAACGCUGCUCGAUCGCCGACUGCAACCGGUCGUCGCAGAGCAACGGUCUCUGCAAGUCCCAUGGCGGCGGUCUUCGCUGCCAGAUCCCGCACUGCAACAAGAGCAGUCAGGGCGGCGGCUUCUGCCGCAUGCACGGCGGUGGCCACCGGUGCCGGACGCCGGGAUGCGACAAGGGCGCCCAGCGCAACGGACUCUGUGCGAGCCACGGCGGCAACCGCAUGUGCCAAUUCGACGGUUGCAAGAAGAACGACCGCGGCGGCGGCUUCUGCGCCGAACACGGUGGCGGUCGCCGAUGCUCGGUCGACGACUGCGACCGCCCUGCACGCAAGCAAGGCAUGUGCUCCAACCACUUUCCGGCGCCUGUCGCAGCGGUUCGGAUUCCCAACGCUGUCUAUGACGCCGACGGCCUCAAUGUCCACGCGUCGCUGAAGAAGGAGCAGACAGACCGCGUUCUCGCCGAGAUCCCGCAAAGCGCGUUCGAGCCGUACGUCGACGUGUACGAACAGACGUCGAACGGGUGCUUCAAGGCCGAAGCGACGCAUUUCGACAACAACAUGCACGCCAUGUACCAGACGUACGAAGAGCCGCCGCGCAUGGAGCUUCUCCAGCAGCAACAGGCGUACGCGCCGUAUCCUGAACACACGAUGUAUGCGCAAACAACCGUGUACCAGCUCCAGCCGCUCGACCGGUACGCGUCGGGGGGCAUGCCCGAGAAUUACCACCACCACCUCCACCACCAAGACCCGCGGGGUUGUAUUAGCCACGUUAUUUAA